CGCUGGCCGCUGUGAUGCUGCUGCUUGGAAUGAAACCCUCCCGGUUGGACCUGCUGCUCCUCACUUGCAUCCUGCUCAGCCGAGAACCUGGUCUGGCGUUAGGAUUUAUGUCAAAAGACAAGUUCCGGAAAAUGUCUGAAGGCCAAUCAUCUUUUACUCAGCAGCCACAGGACCAAGUAGUGGUAGCUGGACAACCAGUCAGCCUCCUCUGUGCUAUUCCAGGUUACCAUGGGCUUUUACUCUGGAUAAAGGAUGGAUUAGCCAUAGGAGUAGGACGAGAUCUUUCAGGUUAUCCCCGUUAUUCAGUUGGUGGUGACCAUUUGUCUGGAGAACAUAAUUUAAUGAUUCAACGAGCAGAGCUCCAGGAUGAUGCCAUGUAUGAAUGUCAGGCAAUCCAGGCAGCUAUCCGAUCCCGUCCAGCAAGGCUUACUGUACUGAUUCCUCCUGAUGAUCCAGUAAUUACUGGCGGGCCAGUAAUUAGCAUCCGCGCUGGUGACCCACUAAAUCUGACUUGUCAUGCAGACAAUGCAAAGCCAGCAGCUACCAUUACCUGGAUAAAGAAUGGAGAAGUCUUAAAUGGAGCAACAUAUUACAAGACUCUGCUGCGGGAUGGCAAAAGAGAAAGCAUUAUCAGCACACUUUUUGUAUCAGCAUCAGCUAUAGAAAAUGGCCAGUCCAUUACAUGUCGUGCAAUGAAUAAAGCUGUACCUGGGGGAAAGGAAACAACCGUUACAAUCAACAUCCAACAUCCACCUUUGGUCAAUCUUACAGUAGAGCCACAACCUGUCCUGGAGGAUAAUGUGGUAAAGUUCCAAUGUGCAGCUAAGGCAAAUCCUGCAGUCACUCAGUAUCGAUGGGCAAAAGGUGGCCAGAUUCUCAAAGAGGUGACGGAAGAAACCUAUGAAACUGUUGUUGACUAUUCCUUCUUUACCGAGCCAGUGUCCUGUGAGGUGACAAAUGCCUUGGGCAGUACAAAUGUCAGCAGAACUGUGGAUGUAUAUUUUGGCCCUCGAAUGUCAUCAGAACCCGAAUCUAUUACAGUAGACCUUGGCUCAGAUGCUACAUUUCACUGUGCUUGGAUUGGUAACCCUUCACUCACUAUUGUAUGGAUGAAGCGUGGCUCGGGUGUGGUACUCAGUAAUGAAAACACUUUAACAUUAAGAAAUGUCCGCCAAGAAGAUGCUGGGAAAUAUGUCUGCCGAGCGGUGGUGCCUCGUGUAGGUGCUGGGGAGCGUGAUAUCACUCUGACAGUUAACGGUCCUCCAGUUAUCUCCAGCACACAGACUCAACAUGCACUGCAUGGAGAAAAAGGGCAGAUCAAGUGUUUUAUCCGCAGCACUCCUCCUCCAGACAGAAUAGCCUGGUCGUGGAAAGAGAAUGUUCUAGAAUCUGGGACAUCUGGACGAUAUACUGUAGAGACAAUCAGCACAGAUGAGGGUGUUAUCUCAACUUUGACCAUCAGCAAUAUAGUGCGGGCUGACUUUCAAACAAUCUACAACUGUACUGCAUGGAAUAGCUUUGGAUCUGACACAGAAAUCAUUCGUCUUAAAGAGCAAGGUCCGAACAUGCAGUCAGGAACGAGUAUGGAACCAGAGUCUGUACCAGUUACUGUCAUUAUCGGGGUUGCGGUAGGAGCUGGUGUGGCAUUCUUGGUUCUCAUGGCAACCAUUGUUGCAUUUUGCUGUGCACGGAACCAGAGGAAUCUAAAAGGAGUGGUAUCAGCCAAAAAUGACAUACGUGUUGAAAUUGUACACAAAGAACCAUCCACAGGGAGAGAAACAGAGGACCACUCAACAAUUAAACAGAUAAUGAAAAGGUGUGAAUCAAGUUGGAAGACCACCUCCAUACCUGAUAUUGUUAAUCAUCCAGGCUCCGAUCAGAAGCAGCUGCAACAAUGUACUGUAUAACAUGACUUUGUCCCUUCCAGUAAAAAGUCAAAACGUCUAAACUAUUUGCAGCUGAUCCAUACUUUUAAUCACUUUUCCAAUCUGUCACAACCAUUUGCCGUGACAAUGUCACUGCUCUGGCUUGUCUGCUUGCAUUUGAAAUUUGAAUUUGAAAGUUAACUCUGCACAUUUCUUGUGUAUUAUGUAUGUUGCUGGAAAAUAUUUUUUCAGACCUUUUCUACAUCCAAUAUGGUUUCAGAUGACUUCCUUGUUGCUUAGAAUUGAAUAGGAUAUAUUAGACACCUCUCAUUGAUUAUAAUUGCUUAACUUAUCAGAUACCCGGGCUAGUACUCCUGUUUGCUCAAAACUACACCAGCCUAGGGUACUACUGUAAGAAUGCAAUGCCACCAUCUUCUUCUAGAGCUUCUCCUAUAUUCCAUACGCUGUUGAGUAAAAGCAGAAUGUCCAGCUUUUAACUCUACUGUGCAUUCGCUCUCUGCCCAGGGCUGAAGAGUGGAUUGAAGAACUGAAAGAAGAUUGUGUUGGUCUUACAGAAAUACCCUUGGCCCAAUGCAGUUUUCAGCAAAUUGGAACCAUCUUGGGGUAUCAGAAGAUUAUAAUCACUGGGGAGUGCUUUACCCCCCCCCCCAGGAAUUAUAACUUUCCUUUCUUCUCCAUAUGCAUGCAUUCACAUGAAGAGGCAUUAUAUCAGGAGACUACAUUUGGUAACCAUGUAUUAAAUUAGAGGUGUUAUAGAAGAAUAAAAAUAAUAUAUUGUGGCCUUUGUCUGUUCACUAUAUAAUCAGUAUGACAUGCCUGUCUUUGUGUGUGCUAUUCCUCUGCUGUUGGUUGACUGGAAGUGACAAAUGUUAUAUGGAUGUAUCACUUAUGUGAAGCAAAUAAAAUAUAAGUUACAAAAAAAAAAAAAUAAUAUAUUGUGUAUAUUAUGUUGUUGAAGAAGAGGUAAAGUGGAUAGUACACUGGUCUGAAGGAGUUAAGCAAGCUGCUGUUUUACUUUUGUUAUUUAAUUAAGCUCACAAUUCCACUUGCUGGCUCGGGAAAUGUGUUUUUUUAAUACAAAUUGCCUGUACUGACCAUUGCCUUUUCACAGAGAUCAUAAAUGCUCUGUAUAUUCAUAUAAUGGAGAAACUGAAAAAUGAUCAACACUGGAAGUUUGGUAAUAUUGCCUCCUAGCUCAGCACUAACUCCUCCUUUAGCAUGUGCGUCUCAGCCCUUUUUCAGUGGGAUUGGAAGGCCCAAUUAGUCUAUAAUAAACAGAGAGAGAGAUUUGUUACUGUACAUUUCACAGCUGGUCAUUAUGUCAUAACUCAUUAAAUUUCCAUGUCUUCAGUCAGAAAUAGGAUAUUUCCAUCUAACUACUGUAAGUCAAUUACGUUUCAAGUAAUAUAAAUAUCAGGCUAGAGGCAAGAAUUAUGGACAGCAAAUACCGUAUGCAUCUGCUGACUGAGACAAAGCUCUGACAUUGUAUUUUAAGAUUACAUGAUUCUAUAGAUGUAUAUUCAGAGUGGCUCAGCUCCAAGGCACUCCUACUACUGUAAUGCUAACUUGGGCUAUACAGACCAUAAGUAGUUAAUGUAUAGCUAAUGAUAACAGCAUGGACAUGUGACUCAAACACUUCAGGCUAGGGCCUUC